UCGGCUCUCAGCGGCUCCGGGAGAUGACGUCACGGCUCCUGCGCCAGAUACCGGGGUGCAGAGGUUUAUAAGGGCGGAGAAGCGGGAGCGCACAGUAAUGAGGUGAGAAGACCGAGGCCUGGAACACCAAGGACACCCCGGAGUGCCGCCUGGUAUGUUACUGAUUUAUGACUCGGACAGAACAGGAAGACGCCUGGGGCCCGAGUGUGAGCAGACUGUACACUGGUUCAGGGAAGGACCGCUCAGUCAAUUACUGGUCUAGAGGUGACCCGCACCCUACUAUUGAGUUGGGACCAGAAAGUGAACAGAAGGGAUCAGAGCAGCAGCAGGAGAUUGCUGGAGAUUGCAAAUAUGCCCAAGUGCAUCGUCUCCGGCUGCCCAAAUCAUACGGCACGUAAGGACAAGAAUAUUUCAAAUGGGAUCAUGUUACAUGGAUUUCCUAAAGACUUGUUGAGAAUUAAAUGCUGGCUCUCCCACAUUAAUCAGAACUUUGGAGACAUUGAAAGUUUUGCAAGGAAAAUUUUGGAAGGGAAGAAGACCAACAGUUUCCGUAUUUGCUCUGAGCACUUCUCGCCGGACUCCUACAGACAGACGAAAAGGAAAACCGUGCUAAAGGACGAUGCCAUACCGCGUCACUUCCACAAGCGUCCUCCAUCAUCUAGAGAGCAAUCAUACAAGGGUAAUUCAAUAUCUACCGCUCAACCUUACAAACUAGAAGCUAGCGCGCCUAAAAGUGCGGUCAGGAAGGAUGUCAGUACAUGUUCAGAUAACACGAUGGACGCAAGGAACAAAGCCAAACCGAUCUAUGGACUACAACAUAGAGAUGUGCAGGAAUCACUUCAGGCUCAGCAGUUCUCAUCAGAACCACCACCUCUUCUCAAAAUGACCUCCAUGGAUAAUAGAAACAUUCUCAAGACUGACAGGAUGUUAAGCCUCACCCUGGAGAUCUUAUUCCUCCUGACCGGAGAGGAUUACAAAGUUAUGAAGAAGACGUGCGCCGAUCGUAUAACUUCAAUUAGCGGCCCCAUCGAUUUAGGAAGAAGAAGUGCGGCCAAAGAGACCAACCCGAUGACAAGCACAGACUUUGUGAGCCAUGAAAAGAACAAGAAGAUUCUUCUGCUCACCAACCAGAUCAUCCAUCUGCUGACAGGGGAGGUUCCUGCACGCUAUGAGGACAUCGCCGUCUACUUCUCUAUAGAAGAAUGGGAUUAUGUAGAUAAACACAAGCAUCUGUACAAGAACGUCAUGGAUGAUCACCAGCAGAACCUGUACAAGAAAGUCAUCCUGGAUGACCACCAGCAGAACCAGUACAAGAAAGUCAUCAUGGAUGAUCACCAGCAGAACCUGUACAAGAAAAUCAUCGUGGAUGAUCACCAGCAGAACCAGUACAAGAAAGUCAUCAUGGAUGAUCACAAGCAGAACCUGUACAAGAAAGUCUUCCUGGAUGAUCACCAGCAGAACCUGUACAAGAAAAUCAUCGUGGAUGAUCACCAGCAGAACCUGUACAAGAAAGUCAUCAUGGAUGAUCACCAGCAGAACCAGUACAAGAAAGUCAUCAUGGAUGAUCACCAGCAGAACCUGUACAAGAAAGUCAUCCUGGAUGAUCACCAGCAGAACCAGUACAAGAAAGUCAUCAUGGAUGAUCACCAGCAGAACCAGUACAAGAAAGUCAUCAUGGAUGAUCACCAGCAGAACCGGUACAAGAAAGUCAUCAUGGAUGAUCACCAGCAGAAUAUGUACAAGAAAGUCAUCAUGGAUGAUCACAAGCAGAACCUGUACAAGAAAGUCAUCAUGGAUGACCACCAGCAGAACCAGUACAAGAAAGUCAUCAUGGAGGAUCACCAGCAGAACCUGUACAAGAAAGUCAUCCUGGAUGAUCACAAGCAGAAGCAGUACAAGAAGGUCAUCAUGGAUGAUCACCAGCUCUCGUCACAGGGUGAACAACCAGUUUUGACUCCCAAGCCUCCAAAAAGAGAAGACCUCAUAAAAGAGCCCUUAAAUGACUUAAAUAUCACAGCGAUAACUGUGACUGGUGGUGACUACAUCUCAAUUGACCUUACUAAAGACGAACCGAUGUCUGUAGACAGCAUGGACGCCGAUGACUGCUUCAGCACAGCGCAGGAGCCAUGGUCUUCAGAGUGCGGUGAUGAACGAGUCUCAUCUCCAGAGCAUGAAAUAGAGAUAGAAAUAGAAGAUGACUUCAUAGAAGAACCUUUAAAUUACUUCUACACCACAACUAUAAACUCUCCGACCGGCGGUAACUACGUCUCAUCUGAUCUUGGUAACCUGGAACCAAUGUCUGCAGACAGGAUGCACCGCGAAGACAGCGCAGCACAGAAGCCACUGUCUUGUUCGGAGUGCGGAAAAUGUUUUCGGUAUCCUUCAAGACUCGUUGAACACAAGCGCGUUCACACAGGAGAAAAACCUUUUUCGUGUCCCGAGUGCGGGAAGUGUUUUAUAUGGAAAUCACUGCUCAUUCAACACCAAAAAAUUCACACCGGAGAGUAUCAGUGUCUGUUCUGCAGGAAGUGUUUUAUAAAUAAAACUAAAUUAAUGGAUCAUCAGAGAACCCACACGGGCGAGCGGCCAUUCACUUGUCAUCAGUGCGGGAAAAGCUUUGGAUUGAAAACGUCAUUAACUAAACACCAGCGACUUCACAUGAGAGAGAAGCUCCUCGGCUGUUUCAUGCAGAAAUCAAACCUGUAUCGUCAUCAGCAGACUCAUAUGUGUCAGCAACCACUUUAAUGUCACCAGGGGUGUACACAGAAGUCACCUCUCAAUCACACUGGGGCCAUAUAUGACUCCGCCAAAACUCAGCAGCUCCUUCAGGAGGCACCAUUUUACUAACAUCAGGGUCACUGUAAUAUUAUAUUAAAGGAUUUUCAUAUGCAA